AUGAUACCCUUUUUCCCAUCUUCUUCAAAUUCCUUUCUAACCUUCUUUUUCUUCUUUGUCUCUCUUACUUUUCUUUCCUUCUCUGUUUCCUCUGUAACUCCUUCUUCUUCUCAUGGUGAUACCCAGAAGUUGGUUUCUUUUAAAGCUUCACUUCCGAAUCCAACCCUUCUUCAGAACUGGCUUUCCAAUGCUGACCCAUGCUCGUUUUCUGGUAUUACUUGUAAGGAAACUAGAGUCUCUGCUAUAGACUUGAGUUUCUUGUCUUUGAGCUCUAAUUUCAGUCAUGUGUUUCCUUUGCUUGCGGCUCUUGACCAUUUGGAAUCGCUUUCUCUUAAAUCUACUAACCUCACUGGCUCCAUUUCUUUGCCCUCUGGAUUUAAGUGUAGUCCUCUGCUUGCUUCUGUAGAUCUGUCUCUUAAUGGCUUGUUUGGUUCUGUUUCUGAUGUCUCCAACUUGGGGUUUUGCUCCAAUGUUAAGUCGCUUAAUCUGUCCUUUAACGCCUUUGAUUUUCCUCUUAAAGACUCUGCUCCUGGAUUGAAGCUUGAUUUGCAGGUUCUUGAUCUUUCUUCUAACCGGAUUGUCGGGUCUAAAUUAGUUCCAUGGAUUUUCUCUGGUGGGUGUGGUAGUUUGCAGCACUUGGCAUUGAAAGGAAACAAAAUCAGCGGAGAGAUUAAUCUGUCGUCUUGUAAUAAACUCGAGCAUUUGGAUAUCUCUGGCAAUAAUUUCUCUGUGGGUAUUCCGUCGUUGGGUGAUUGCUCUGUUUUGGAACAUUUUGAUAUCUCCGGCAAUAAGUUUACCGGCGACGUUGGACAUGCUCUGUCUUCUUGUCAGCAACUCACCUUUCUGAAUCUCUCCAGCAACCAAUUUGGAGGUCCAAUCCCUUCAUUUGCAUCUUCAAACUUGUGGUUUCUUUCGCUUGCUAACAACGAUUUCCAGGGGGAGAUUCCUGUAAGUAUUGCAGAUUUGUGUUCUAGUUUGGUAGAGCUCGAUCUUUCUUCUAAUAGUCUUAUUGGAGCUGUACCUACUGCUUUGGGGUCUUGUUUUUCGUUGCAAACUUUAGACAUUUCGAAAAAUAAUCUCACUGGUGAGCUCCCCAUUGCCGUUUUUGCCAAAAUGAGUAGUCUCAAGAAACUCUCUGUUUCAGACAACAAGUUUUUUGGGGUUUUGUCGGAUUCUCUGUCUCAACUCGCCAUUUUGAAUUCUUUGGAUCUGAGUUCCAAUAACUUUUCUGGGUCGAUUCCGGCGGGACUUUGCGAAGACCCAAGCAACAAUUUGAAAGAACUAUUUCUUCAGAACAAUUGGCUAACAGGUCGAAUCCCGGCGAGUAUUAGUAAUUGUACACAGCUGGUUUCUCUUGAUUUGAGCUUCAACUUUCUUAGUGGGACGAUCCCUUCCAGCUUGGGAUCGCUUUCUAAGCUUAAGAACUUGAUUAUGUGGUUGAAUCAGCUGGAAGGGGAGAUUCCAUCCGAUUUUAGCAACUUUCAAGGGCUUGAGAAUCUGAUCCUGGAUUUCAAUGAGCUCACUGGGACCAUCCCGUCCGGGUUAAGCAACUGCACCAACUUGAACUGGAUUUCAUUGUCAAACAACCGGUUGAAAGGAGAGAUUCCCGCUUGGAUUGGGAGCUUACCGAACCUUGCCAUCCUUAAGCUCAGCAACAACUCGUUCUACGGUAGGAUUCCUAAGGAGCUCGGCGAUUGUCGGAGCUUGAUCUGGCUUGACUUGAAUACCAAUCUGUUGAAUGGAACGAUCCCUCCGGAGCUGUUUCGUCAAUCUGGUAACAUUGCUGUUAACUUUAUCACGGGGAAAUCUUAUGCUUACAUUAAGAAUGAUGGUAGUAAGCAGUGUCAUGGAGCUGGAAAUUUGCUUGAGUUCGCUGGAAUAAGACAGGAACAAGUGAAUAGAAUUUCAAGUAAGAGUCCUUGCAAUUUCACAAGGGUUUAUAAGGGAAUGAUUCAGCCCACUUUUAAUCAUAAUGGUUCCAUGAUCUUUCUUGAUCUUUCCCACAAUAUGUUGACUGGUAGUAUUCCUAAGGACAUUGGUUCCACAAACUAUCUCUACAUUUUGGAUUUGGGACAUAACAGUCUUUCGGGACCGAUUCCACAGGAGCUCGGCGACUUGACGAAACUUAACAUUCUUGAUCUGUCUGGCAAUGAGCUUGAAGGAUCAAUUCCAUUGUCUUUGACUGGACUUUCCUCCCUCAUGGAGAUUGAUCUGUCCAACAAUCAUCUCAAUGGUUCUAUACCCGAGUCAGCUCAGUUCGAAACAUUCCCCGCAUCAGGUUUUGCUAAUAAUUCUGGCCUUUGUGGGUAUCCUCUUCCUCCAUGUGUUGUUGAUUCAGCAGGAAAUGCAAAUUCUCAGCAUCAAAGAUCUCAUCGGAAACAGGCAUCCCUUGCUGGGAGUGUUGCAAUGGGGUUACUCUUCUCUCUUUUCUGUAUUUUUGGUCUGAUUAUCGUUGUUAUCGAGAUGAGGAAGAGAAGGAAAAAGAAGGAUUCUGCACUCGAUUCUUAUGUUGAGAGUCAUUCUCAAUCAGGCACGACCACAGCCGUUAACUGGAAAUUAACUGGUGCCCGUGAAGCAUUGAGCAUCAAUCUUGCAACAUUUGAGAAGCCACUACGUAAGCUUACAUUUGCUGAUCUUCUUGAGGCUACAAAUGGGUUCCACAACGAUAGUUUGAUUGGUUCAGGGGGUUUCGGCGACGUGUAUAAGGCUCAAUUGAAGGAUGGAAGCACAGUAGCCAUCAAGAAGCUGAUUCAUGUUAGUGGGCAGGGUGAUAGAGAAUUCACUGCAGAAAUGGAAACCAUUGGUAAAAUCAAACACCGAAACCUAGUACCGCUUUUAGGCUACUGCAAAGUCGGAGAAGAACGGCUUCUGGUGUACGAGUAUAUGAAAUAUGGAAGCCUGGAAGAUGUUUUACAUGACCAGAAGAAGGGCGGGAUCAAAUUGAAUUGGUCAGCAAGAAGAAAAAUUGCCAUUGGAGCUGCAAGGGGACUGGCUUUCCUUCACCACAAUUGCAUCCCUCACAUCAUUCACAGGGACAUGAAAUCAAGCAAUGUUUUAUUGGAUGAGAAUUUGGAAGCCAGAGUAUCAGAUUUUGGAAUGGCAAGACUGAUGAGUGCCAUGGACACUCAUUUGAGUGUCAGCACAUUAGCUGGAACACCCGGUUAUGUCCCUCCCGAAUAUUACCAAAGCUUCCGGUGUUCAACAAAAGGCGACGUUUACAGUUACGGUGUCGUCAUGCUCGAGCUCUUAACAGGUAAACGACCUACAGACUCAGCAGAUUUCGGGGACAAUAAUCUCGUUGGAUGGGUAAAACAACACGUCAAGUUGGACCCGAUCGAUGUUUUUGAUCCCGAACUCAUAAAGGAGGAUCCAAGCCUCAAGAUAGAGCUUUUAGAACACUUGAAAGUAGCUGUUGCUUGUUUAGACGAUAGGUCAUGGCGGCGACCAACAAUGAUCCAGGUAAUGACGAUGUUCAAGGAAAUCCAAGCAGGGUCAGGGAUGGAUUCACACUCUACAAUCGGAACCGACAAUGGAGGAUUCAGUGUCGACAUGGUAGAUAUGAGCCUAAAGGAAGUACCAGAACCAGAAGGGAAGUAA